UACUCUUCUCCUCUGUGCGCUUGGUGAGAACCGACGGCGCUUCUGCAGGAGCAGACCGCGCGUACCCGUCACCGGAACCCCGUUCCGCCGCGCGCGCGCGCCCGUGCCUCCACGACCACGGUGAUGAUGACGGAGAGAUGGAGAAACUGUCCGCGAGCAUCUCGGAGCUCUCGUGGAGCGCAGUGUCGCUGCCCCUGGAUGCCGUGGUGGGCAAAUUCCGCCUGCCUACACUGGUGAAGCUCAGCGCCGGCGAAAAUGUGGAAGGGUUGUCCGAGGAGGACGUCGUCCUGUUACACUCAUGCCGCCAGUGGACCACAGUCACCGCGCACUCGCUCGAGGAGGGGCAUUACGUCAUCGGACCCAAGAUUGACAUCCCACUGCAGUAUCAGGGGAAGUUUAAGUUGCUGGAUCAGGACCGGGAUGUCCGGGAACCGGUUCAGUACUUUGCGAGCGUGGAGGAAAUCGCCGGAACUUUCCCCGAUCGAGUGUUCGUCAUGGAGCCGAUCACGUUCAGCAUGAAGGUAUUGUCAGGUGAGUUCAGUGAGGAUAGCGAGGUGUAUAACUUUUCCCUGCAGGCGGGAGAUGAGCUGACUCCGAUGGGUCGGGCUGAGCUUCUCUGUGUCCAGUCUGCUCGUGAGAAGUCACGCCUGGCUGCAUUGUUGCGACGGCUGGGCAGAGUGGGCGGGGCUUCAGGACGUCCUGUCCGCACCAAGCUGCCCUGUCUGAUCUGCUUGAACCAGCGGACACGGGAGAGUGUGCGGCUCCCGCUGCAGUGUCGAGGCCGUUUCUGCACUCGAUCUCCACUGGAGCUGCGCAUGCAGGCAGGCGAGCACACGCUGCGCACCAUCAUCGAACGUGUGCGGCUGCCCGUCAAUGUGGCUGUACCACCACAUCCACCACCUCCACCUCGCAGUCGCUAUGACCAGCAUGCCAUCCGCCAGGGCCAGCGCUACAAGCUGCUCGCCAUUGUCAGCCGGACUGUGGUGCUUUGCUGUGUCCUGCGCAAACAGGAAGUGACGCCGUCUCACUUCCUGUUGCUCAACGACAUGCCGCGCUUCACAAUACCUGAUGGCUUGUUGCGUGAUGACCCUGUCUACCAACGGGCAGUGCUGCUAAGCGCGCUCCGUAGCCAGGAGACCUUUGACCCGGACGAUUAUUCCCGAGCCGUGCGGGAAGUGAAGGUGGACCUGACCGAGGAGUGUGUGAGUCCGCGCAGGAUACGAGUGUAUCCCGUAUUCUCGCCACAGAGACUCUCGCUGUGUGUGUACGGGGGCGGAACCAUCACACCGACGACCACAACAGGCUGCAGGGACUCGAUGGGAGAUACGCAAACUCCCCCUGGAAUCGAGGGAGAGAGGGAAGGGGUGGGCGAAGGGGAAGAGCGAGAGUACGUCACCCCUGAUUGGCCCACAGAGACACAGGAAAUUCCUUACGAAGAGCUUUGGACCAAUCAGAGUGGAGGAAGCUAUGCAGAGGUUCCUGAAAGCACAGUAAAAGCUGAGCACAACCUUAUAUCCUUCCACUCCACUUCUUCAUUAGAUGGUACGACAGGCUCCACCCACGUUUCUAUGGUGCAGAUGGAAGCUGGUCGAGUACCGACUCCACCCCCUGUUCCGCCCAAAUCAGAAGCUGUGAAGGAGGAGUGUCGGUUUCUGAACGCUCCUCCGGUUCCACCCCGCUGUGCUAAUCCUGGAGGCCCCACCCCCAGUCCACCAGUCCCGCCUCGUUUCCCUAAAGUUCAAGCUACAAGCACACGCAGCCCAAAUGUGUCCUAUUACUCCUCAGGCCUGCAGGAGAGUUCUGCUCCUCGUAGUGGAAGUAAUUCUCCCUCUCCAGACUCCUACUCUCUGUACUGUUACCCCUGCACAUGGGCUGACUGUGUAACCUCUGACCCCUCUGCAUCACCUGACCCUAACCAGCCUGCACAGGCCUGCUGGUCACACCCCCGAAGUGGUGGAGUUUUUACUUCCAAUAUUCUAAAUACACCCCUCCUUAGCACAGACUCCGCCCACAAAAACUACUCCACCUGUCCCCGACCACGCCCAGCUGCACAGAACCGCUUUGCCCCAUUUGGUGCUCUGAACCCUUUUGCCAAUCCAGGACAUGCCUCCUCUGAUUGGAUUGCCACGGGCCGGAAAUCUCCCACUCUGAUGUCUGACCUCACUAGCGCCACCCCUCAGGAGUCUCAAGCCAAUCCGGAAACAAGUCCGGUUCCUCCACCUAGACCAUUAAAAAGCUUAGAGGAGGAAACGACUGUGUCUUCCAUGGUGAGGGGUGCAGAAGGUGGAGCUGGGUUGUCAUGGCGACCCCCAGCAGACCUGUGCUGGCUCUCAGUGGAGGAGGUGUCAUCCUGCCUACGCUUCAUCGGGCUGGCGGAUGAUGUGAUUGGCCUGUUCAGCCGAGAGAGGAUUGAUGGGUCAAUAUUCACCCAGCUCACAGAAGAAAUUCUCUCUGAGGACUUCAGCCUUACCAAACUACAGGUCAAAAAGAUCAUGCAGUUUAUCAAGGGCUGGAGACCCAAGAUAUGAUCCUUUAUACACACAGACCCACACACAAACACACAUAGAUACUGUGAGCAGUAAAACCAUAUGCAUGAUGGCACAUAAGGGUGUGUUUCCAGAGAGGUUCCUUUAUCUUUUGAGGAGCUAAAUGAAACAAAACUGCAGUACAGCAAACACUGGUGUGUGAAAAAGUGUGGAUCAGAAAUCUAAAAAGUUUCCAAAAAGGUAUGGCCAAGUAAAUAAAAUCGAAAAAUAGUAUAAUAAAAUAAACUAAAGAUCGAGUGUUUCUGAAAAACUUUUUCCAGGAUAAACAAUAGAGUUUGAGUACUGAGAAAAGGUACAUUAAAAAUGUAAUGUAUUUCUAACUAAAUGUUCCUGAACAGGUUUCCAGGUUUCCUGAAAGUUUCCUCUGGUGGAAACAAGCCAGGCAUUAGUUGUUUGCAAAAAUCCACUUACUGUAGAGAAGAAACUAAAAGGUCCCAGGAACUAAAAUUGGCAGGUGGAAAGUUUUUUAAAGACCUAAAAAGUUACUAUUACCCCCUUUUCCACCAAAAAGAACCGGGUGCUAGUUUAGAGCUAGUGCUGGUGCUGGUUCAAAGUUGGUUCCACUGGUGAACCUUCUAAGAACCGGUUUGCCUUUCCAUCGGUUAGAGAGCAUCACAGAGCCGAAUCUGACGUCACUGUAUACGUGUCACGUUACACAGCAACGUUAGCACAGCAGCGACAAACACAAACACAACAAUGGCGGAUGUUGCUUUACUGUUAAUAAUGCGGCGAAUCCAACGUGUACGUGCAGCUCCAUGUAAUCUGUAUAAAUGGAGGUUGUAAUGGAGAAAGUACAUAACGUUAUUUUAUCAUUAACACAGAAAAAAGUUAGCCUUAGCAUGUAGCUACUUACUAUCAUGUGUGCUGAUGAUGUAUCAUAUCGCGGUAAAGUAAAAGUGUAUUAAACAUUAGUAUACUUAAGGUACUUUAUCAAAUGCGCUAACAGUAGCCCCGCCCACAGCCCCGCCCACAGCCCCAGACACAAGUGGUUCUUAGGUCUAGACCAGCAACGUUUUGGUGCUACUUAAGAACCACUUUUCCUGGUCCAGAGCCGGUGCUUUGGCUGUCGAAACAGAAAGAACUGGUUCUAAAUUAGGCUCUGAACCUGCACUCAAACUGCCUCGGUGGAAAAGGGGCAUAAGAUUCCAGGGUUCCUGAACAGGUUCAUCUGAUGGAAACACACUUUACUUCAGACUAUAGUGGUCUGCAACAGAGUACGUACUGUGGGAAAAGCAAGCUCCUGAGUACCUGCAAAGGUCCCUCUGGUGGAAAGGUGCCUAAUUACAGACAUGAGAAGCAUAACUUUGUGUGUGUGUUGAAAUGAAGACGGACGUGUCUUCAUGUCUCACUCUGAUUUAUUUUGUGACGGUGGACCACUCAAAGCUCGGCUGCUGAACAGCAUUGAACUACUGAACACUAUCGGUGUGUGAGAGCCAAGUAUAUAUAAAAUCUGUGUGUGUGGGGGUGGGGGGGGUACAUGAGUGUUUUGUUUUAAAAGGAAAGAUUUUAUAUAUUUAAAUACCACUUAGUCUAUACUACGCUCCUCUAGGGAUCGUCUCUAAACUCCAGUCCUGUACAGACCUUGUUUCUGGGUAUCGUCUCAAACAAAACAAAAACAAAACAAACGAACAAACAAACAAUCCAAUAGGGACUAAUGUUGAACACUACUUGAGAUUGCCUGCUUUAUAAUUUGUUAGGGAUUUUCUUUUCUUUACAUUGUCGGACACAGAGAUUAUAACAUCACACUGCACAGACUAACGUGCCUUUAGAGCAGAAUAACGGAACGAGGGAUAAUUCUUCUAUAUUUUAUGGAGCCUUUAUUCUUUUUUCCCCCUUUUAUUUUUUAAUGAAAUGUGACAACUCUGUAUGCCUUUCCACUGUCUUUGAUGCAUCUGUGUCUUUAUUCUGUUGCUCCUGUGUGUAGACUGUAGGUACGUUGGCGUACGAUGGCUGAACAGGAAGUGAGGCUCCAGAGCGGCCCUGAGUAUAGAAUCUGAGUUUACUAACACGCACAUUGCUGUUUUAGUGGCGUUCCUGCCGCAUCACAAACUGACCUCGAUUAUUGAUUAUUGAUUAAAG